AGCCAGACGUUAGCGCCUCUCGUGAGUUGCGCAACAGUCGCGAGGUCAGCAUCAUUGUAACUUUUGGCGCCAAUUGACUACAAGGCGCUAUAUAUUCCAUUUACAAAACAAUUAUAUUAAAAAAGUAUGCCGCCAAGGAAAGCAACAAAACGGCCAGCUCACAAUUCUGCAAAAGGCCCACGAGAGCCAAAACAGAUAAGGAAAAAACAAGUGCCGCGAAUAUUACGUGUCCUGCGGCAAAUGUGGAUCGGCACAAACAUAAUUGUACCUCUCUAAACCAAAUACCAUAAAAUAGUACUAGACAUUUGCAUGCAUUUCACAGAAUUAGUUGUGAAACCUGAUUUACGACAAUCUGCGACUGGCGGCGUAUUAUUAGUAUUUGGACAAGGCGAUGUUGGACAACUAGGUUUAGGAGAAGAAGUUGUUGAAAAAACACGACCAGCAGUUGUACCUGGAUAUCAAGAUAUAAUAUCUGUAGCAGCUGGUGGUAUGCACAAUGUGUGCCUAAGACAAACCGGAGAAGUAUUAACAUUUGGAUGCAAUGACGAAGGAGCAUUGGGACGAGAUACAUCUAAGGAUGGUUCUGAGACUGAACCUGGUUCCGUUGAAUUACCAAGUAAAGCUAUUCAAGUGACAGCUGGAGAUUCUCAUAGUGCUGCUUUAUUAGAAGAUGGACGAGUUUUUGCAUGGGGCUCUUUUAGGGAUUCUCAUGGUACUAUGGGUCUAACAUUAAAAGGAAAUGAACGGUUUCCAAUAGAAAUACUGCCUAAUGUAAACGUAGUUAAAAUAGCAUCUGGUGCUGAUCAUUUAGUGUUACUUGAUAAAAAUGGACAUGUAUAUACAUGCGGUUGUGGAGAACAAGGUCAAUUGGGACGAGUAGCUGCCAGAACAGCUAGUAGAAAUACCCGUCAUGGUAUGGGUCCUUUAUUAACUCCUGCUUUAGUUGAAUUUAAAGUUACUAAGAAAUUAGAAUUUGAUGACAUUUGGGCUGGAACAUAUUGUACAUUUGCUAAAGAAUAUCAAAAGGGAGAUAUAUAUGUAUUUGGAUUAAAUAAUUAUUAUCAAAUUGGUUUAAAAGAUCCUGUAACUCAUUUUCAUCCGCAAGUUUCAAAAACAUUUAGUGGAAAAGUUUGGAGGCAUAUUAGCAGUGGGCAACAUCAUACUAUUGCCUUAGAUGAUUCUGGUCAAGUAUUUGUUAUGGGCCGUAAAGAAUAUGGACGUCUUGGACUUGGUUCUAAUUGUUUGGAUGCAAAAGAAUUAACACUAGUUCCUAAUUUAAGUUCCUUUAAAUGUAUUGAUGUUGCAGCAGGUAGUGCCCAAUCUUUUGCUGUCACUGAAUUAGGAGAUUUAUAUUCAUGGGGUAUGGGUUCAAGUGGCCAGCUAGGUACAGGAGAAGAAGAGGAUGUUGAAGAACCUACACUAGUCAAAGGAAAACAAUUGGAAGGAAAAACAGUAGUACGAGUCGCGGGUGGAGGUCAACAUACAUUAACAUUAGCAACAAUCCAUCCAAUGAAAGAAAAAACAGCUGGUUAAUAUUAAAUGACUUGUUAGAUUUAAAUUUAAAGUGUUUCAUAUAUGUGAUAAUAAUUUGGACAACGAAGGGAAAAAGGAAUUAAUGAUUUUUAUUCUCCUUGAACAAAAAUUAUAUUGAAGGAGAAACUAACAAAUAAAACUAAUUCUGAAGAUGUAUCGUAAUUUCGAUAGUAAGACGAUACUUAUAUUUGUACAUAAUUUUUUUGUGCUAAAAAAAAUUGCAUCAUUGUGUUUAUAUAAUUAAUAUAUCGACUGAUUUUUUGAUUGCAUUGUUAUUUUUUCUACUUGAUUGUAUUAUGAUGAAAUAAAACACUUUUCUACUUGUGAAUUAUAUAUUAUUAAAAAA